AUGUCGGACGUUCAUGCGAAAUUUAGCGUCAGUGAUCUCGAUGAAGACGAUGAUGAAUGGUUCGUUCCACCUGCACCGCUCCUUGCAGGUGCUCAUAUUUCUGGAACGAAAGCUUAUGAUUUAUAUCGAGAUUCUAUAAAUAAUGUUGACGCGUUUUGGAAGACUGUUGCUAAAGAACUUUAUUUUGAGUCAGUUUCUGAUAAGGGAUUGGAAUGGAAUUUUGAUUAUCGUAAAAAUGAUGUUUUUGUUCGAUUUAUGGAUGGUUCGAAGACAAAUAUCGCUUAUAACUGCCUUGAGGCAAAUAUCCGUCGAGGUAAUGGACAUCGUGUGGCAUUCAAAUGGGAAGGUAAUGAACCUGGCGACUGCUCAUCAAUUACAUACCAAAAGUUAUUGGAUGAAGUGGUUGCAUUCUCGGCUGUGCUUCGUUCACAUGGUGUUCAAAAGGGUGAUGUUGUGGCUGUUUAUCUGCCCAUGAUUUUUGAAUUACCAAUUGCAAUGUUGGCAUGUGCUCGAAUAGGUGCUGUACAUUCGGUGGUUUUCGCUGGUUUCAGUGCUGAAGCACUUAGUGCACGUCUAGUGCAAGCGAAAGCCCGCAUACUUAUUACAGCUGAUGGUUUCUUUCGUGGGAAAAAACUUGUUUCACUCAAUUCAAUUAUCGAUGCUGCAGUUGCUUCUUGUUCUUCACAAGAAGAACCACUGCGAACGAUUAUAGUUGUUCGACAUUUGCAAAGAGUACGAAAACCUAGUGGAAUAGUUGUCUCUGAGCCGAUCUUAAAUGAUAGUUUGAUUGUUUUCUGGGAGGAUGAGGUGCAGCGUUGUACUAAUAUGAGAACGGAUGUGGAGUGGUGUUAUGCUGAAGACCCACUCUUUAUUUUAUAUACAUCUGGUUCGACUGGGAAACCCAAAGGUAUCGUACAUACAACAGCUGGAUAUAUGACCUAUGUUUAUGCAUCAGCUAAAUAUGUUUUCGAUGCACACGCUGAUAGAGAUAUUUACUGGUGUACAGCCGAUUGUGGUUGGAUAACUGGGCAUUCUUAUGUGGUGUACGGUCCUUUGAUGAAUGGUCUUACAUCUGUUAUAUUUGAAGGAAUACCUACUUAUCCGGGUCCUGAUCGUAUGUGGCAAAUUGUUGAAAAAUAUAAGGUGACAACACUGUAUACAGCACCCACUGCGGUUCGAGCUAUUAUGGCAUUCGGCGAUAGUCAUGCUCUUUCUCGUGAUCGCUCAUCGCUACGAAUUAUUGGAUCUGUUGGUGAACCUAUUAAUCCAGCGGCCUGGCUAUGGUUAUAUAAUGUGGUUGGUGAGAAAAAAUGUGCCAUUGUUGAUACUUAUUGGCAAACUGAAACUGGUGGAAUUCUUAUUACUCCACUACCAGCUGUAACAGCAACAAAACCGGGUAGCGCUACACUGCCAUUCUUUGGUAUAAUACCGAUUAUAAUGGAUACUAACGGUCGUGAAUUGGAAGGACCUGGGGAAGGAAGUCUGUGCAUCAAGCAAGCGUGGCCUGGAAUGUGUAGAGCUGUUUUGGGAGAUCAUAGCCGUUAUGUUUCCACAUAUUUUUCUUCAUUUCCUGGAUAUUACUUUACUGGUGACGGUGCACGACGCGAUGAUGAUGGAUAUUUUUGGAUAACUGGCCGUGUCGAUGAUUUGAUAAAUGUUUCUGGUCAUCUUUUAUCGACAGCUGAAAUUGAAUCUGCUUUGGCUGCUGAUGAUGAAGUUGCUGAAGCCGCUGUUGUUGCAGCACCGCAUGAUAUUAAGGGAAGCUUUCCAUAUGCCUUCGUGACUCUUCGUCAGGGAGCUAAACUAACAAAAGAUAAGAUUAGCUCACUUAAAAUGGUAGUUCGCAAGAAAAUUGGCCCAAUUGCCAUUCCAGAUGUCAUACAAGAAGCACCAGGACUUCCAAAAACAAGAUCAGGCAAAGUGACUCGUCGAAUCCUUCGUAAAAUUGCCGAAGGAGAUAAAGGAGCGAAUUUAGGAGAUACUACAACACUUGUUGAUGAAUCUGUUAUUUCUACCCUUUGGGAUGGACGCAUGAUGGUUGCCAACUAA